AUGGAGAACAAAUCAAUCCUCAUAAUUUUAGCUUUAUUUUUAUGCAGCAUCACAAUACCAGUGAUGGUGAAUUCAAAAUACCAUUCAGAAAAAAGCAUACACAGUCUUCAUCUAAAAAAACAGAAAGUAACACAUCUUCAUUUCUACCUUUUCGACAUUCUAAACGGAAACAAACCAACAGCUGUACAAAUUGCGCAACCAAACAUAACCAUUGGAUACAAAUCAACAACACCAUUUGGUCAUUUAUAUGCAAUUGAUGAUCUUUUAAGAGAGGGACCAAAUGAAAGUUCAAAAGUGAUUGGAAAUGCACAAGGUCUUUAUAUAUCUUCAAGUCAAAGUGAAGAUAUGACAAUUGUUAUGUACAUUGAUUUUGGUUUUACAAAAGGGAAAUUUAAAGGUAGUUCUAUUAGUGUUUUUUCAAGGAAUCCUAUUACUGAACCGAAUCGCGAAUUUGCUGUUGUUGGUGGAAGAGGUAAAUUUAGAUUGGCUAGAGGUUUUGUUGAAUGUAAGACACAUUUUUUUGAUCCUAUACCUAGUAAUGCCAUUCUUGAGUAUAAUGUUACUGUUCUUCAUUACUAGUUAGUGUUUCAUAAGUUUUAAAUAAGAGAAAUUAUUAUAAUAUUCCCCUUUUGUUCUUUGCAGCAGCACUAGUAAUUUUCUUCUAUACUUUUCCUCUCUUAGUGUCUGCAGAUUCGAUGCUACUAACGUUUUUGAUACCAUUUUGCAAUCGUUCUAAA